AUGACCACAGAAUACAUCAUGCAUUCGGAUCUGCUGUGGAAGAAUUGUCCGAAGCGCCACAAACUGUUCCUCUUUGCUGAGGUGUUUGUUAUCGUCUCUAUCUUCGUGUACGCCUUGGCGUUCCUCUUCGGUUUCACUUUGCUGUGGUGCUGCUCUGCCUUUCGCUGGGUGUGCGUGACUCUCAACGUCAUCGGCAUCGGCACCUUGUGCGUUGUCUGGGUGAUGAUGCUGAAGGCCUACCACAUGAACAGUGGCGCAGGUUGUCUUGUUCUAGACCAGCUCUUUCACUUUGGUAUCGGCUUCACUCUCUUGUUGGUGGCCUGGGUGCUGGAUAUCCUCGCCAUCUUCUUCUUGCUGCUGCCAUUAGAGGCCAAGAAGAAUAGUGGGAGUACAAAGACGGACGAGAUGGACGAGACGGACAAGACGGACGAAGGGCAGACGUCGUGCGAAGGAGACGCCCCGCAUGAAGACGGUAAAUACGUAGAACAGGAGUAG